GCACAUGUAAAAAAUUUAAAAAACUACAAGUGGAAUUUUUUAAAAUAAUUUUUUUUUUAUAAUUUAUUGUUUAAAAAAAAUAAAAAAAUUAUUACCCGUCAGCUUAGUUCAGUAUCAUUAAAUUAAUUUAUUUAUUAUUAACAAUUAAUUGUUAAUUGUAAAGUAAAAAUAAUGACUUCAUUAGCGCAUGUACAACGUGUAAGAAAAUUAUACAAAACAAUAUUAAAAUUACAUCGUGGUUUACCGGAGGAAGUGCAAUCACUUGGUAAUAAUUAUGUACGUGAUGAAUUUAGAAGGCAUAAAAAUUGUAAUGAUGCUGAGGCGAAUAUUUUUAUGAAUGAAUGGACGGAUUACGCUAUUUCAUUAGCGAAACAAUUGGGUUUACGUGGUCCAAUUUCUGCAAAACCUAUUGGUAAAAAUCUAAACAAAGAAGAUUUAGAUAAAUUAAGCGACGAACAAAUUUAUCAGUUGUAUGAAUUAAUGAAUGCUGCUACUGGAUCACAUGAUAAAUUAAAAAAAUAGUUUAGUUUUAUUGUUAUUUAUUAAUUGCUCUGUUAUUUUAAUUUUUGUUGAUUAAUUGUAUAUAAUUAAAGUCAUUAUUAAAGUAUUUAAAGAAAAAAGAUUU